CGCUGGCUCCUCCCCUCUGAUCCACAGAAACGAUGCCGGAACCAGCGAAGGCCUCAGCGCCCAAGAAGGGCUCCAAGAAGGCGGUGACCAAGGUCCCCGGGAAGACCGGGAAGAAGAGGAGGAAGAGCCGCAAGGAGAGCUACGCCAUCUACGUGUACAAGGUGCUGAAGCAGGUGCACCCCGACACCGGCAUCUCCUCCAAGGCCAUGGGCAUCAUGAACUCCUUCGUGAGCGACAUCUUCGAGCGCAUCGCCGGGGAGGCCUCCCGCCUGGCUCACUACAACAAGCGUUCCACCAUCACCUCCAGGGAGAUCCAGACCGCCGUGCGCCUGCUGCUGCCCGGGGAGCUGGCCAAGCACGCCGUGUCCGAGGGCACCAAGGCCGUGACCAAGUACACCAGCUCCAAGUAAACUGCGGGACACCGCUUCCACCCAACGGCUCUUUUAAGAGCCACACACCGGCUCCAUGGAGACAAACGGUCCUGAUGGUUCAAUGUUCACAGUCACA